CCCAAUCUCUCGCUCGUCUCGCCGUUUCGCUCCACGCAGCCGCCGCGCGCCUACACCCCACCGGCGCCGAACCCUAGCGCCGCCUCGACAGCGCGCGCGGCCGGCUUCUCCUCGCCUCCCCGCGCCACUGCCGGCGCGUGGACGCCGCGCCGCAUAAACGAUUCCCUGAUCCGUUGCCGAGUUCUGAGCCACCGAGGGAGAGUGUUCCACUCACAUAGCUGAUAGUAGGAUGAGUCUCUGUACAAUAGCAAGACGGCUAUGUCUUUCAAGACCAUCCUCUAGCAGUCGUCUUUCAGCAGUUUGGGCUCAUCUAUACAGUACCGAGGCUGCAAAGGACACAGGUGCUAAGAAGUACAAAUACCCUGAUGUAUACGAUCCUUAUGGGCCCAUGCCACCACCAUCAGAGAAAGUUGUGGAUCUUGCUGAUCGCAUUGCUGCUCUCCCUCCUGAGGAGAUCAAACAGAUUGCUCCAGCCCUCCUCUUAAGACUGAACCAAGAGCCACCUCAGGCGAUAUCAGGCCAGGGUUUCAGUUUUGGUGCUCAGGGUGGUUCUGGUGCUGGCGCUGCAAAGGCUGAGGAGAAGAAAGCUGAGAAGACAGUCUUCGAUGUGAAGCUGGAGAAAUUUGAUGCUGCUGCAAAGAUCAAGAUUAUCAAGGAGAUCCGGACGUUUACAGAUUUGGGGCUGAAGGAGGCGAAGGAGCUUGUAGAGAAGGCUCCUGUCAUUCUGAAGCAAUCGCUCACAAAGGAGGAAGCAGAAGCAAUCAUAGCAAAGAUCAAGGCUGCUGGUGGUGUUGCCGUGAUGGAGUGAAGGGAUCAUCUUCGGGACACAACAGGAUUUUUUUAUUUCUUCCAAUUGCUGUUGUUACCAUGAUGGGCAUUUGAGAUUGCACAUUGCCGUGCCUCUGCUGAUGGAUGAAAUGGUUCAGCUACGUUGGUAACCAAAGUGAGAGACGGGACUAGAGUUUAGUUGCUAUGAUGAUAGCCUUGACUUGGUUCUAGAAUAAGCUUUCGUUGGCCUGGACACGAAUUUUCUGGUGGAAUGCCGUGCACUAUAACUCAGUGAAUGAGUGCGGACACCAUUGCCAUGAAUGUGAUGUCUCAUACCUUCUUUUCUGUCUUGUACCUUUUAUGACUUGAAAAAUGGGCAUCUAUUGUGAAAUCUUUCUCCCAUACAUAUCCCAGUUACACCACAAUGUAAGAUUAUUGUUCUUCUGCUCAUUUGUCUAAGAAAUCUCAUGUUCUUGACUCAGCAUUUCGUCAUAUUAGCAAAUUAAUCAA